AUGUCUGGGAUGUACGGCCAGGGCCUCUCUGCGGCAGGGAGCGACGCCCGUACAAAUGUCGUCUACGCCACAGAUCGCCUGAAGGAGAAAUUCCCGGCGUCAAUCCCAUCCCAAGAGCUGAUUGCCUUCGUCCUGCCCGCGCACAAACGAAACGACGAGCAAGCCGUCAAACUCCUCAAAACUCUACUAAACGUCAAUCCGAAAGUCAUCUACGAUGCCGUCACCGACAGCUACACCUUCAAACCACUGCACAACAUCUCGUCCGCAGACGAUCUCCUACGGUACCUCCAAGCCCAAGAGACAGCAAUGGGGAUUCAGGUGCGAGAAUUGAAAGACGGCUGGCCCAACGUGGAAGAAACCAUCGACAAGCUGGAGGCAGAACACAAACUGCUGGUCACGAGGAACAAGAAGGACAACCACCCACGCAUGGUGUGGGCGGACGACCCGACGUUGAUUGCGCCGCUAGAUCAAGAUUUCAAAGACAUCUGGGCCCAGAUCCAACUGCCGACCGUCGAGGAUACCAUUCUUCAAUUGACCAAGAUGAACUACAAGUCGACAGGCGCACCGGCCAGCCAGGACUUGGGACCCAAGGUAGAGAAGAAAAAGAAGAAGGUUCGUCGAGGUGUUAAAGUAACGAACGUGCAUAUGCAGGGACUGUUCAGGGACUACUCCAACCAGAGGCCCCAGGGAGGGAAAUGA